AUGAGCGAGCUUGCCGGUUUCUCGAGCAAGGGGACAGCAGUGACAGCGGUAACUGCAGACAACGCCAGCGCGGCUGACGUUGCUCACAACCCAACGGCGACGAUCCAAGUGCCUGAAGAAGGGGAUGAGACAAACAUCUUUUUGGCUGCACAGAGGGGAGACGUACCUCUCUUGCAGUCGCUGAUCAGUCGAGGAUUGGCGAGUGCCGCAGAUCGUGAUUCACAAAACGUAACGCCGUUACACUGGGCGGCGAUCAAUGCCCAACUGGCAGCAUGCGAAUAUCUCAUCCAGGCAGGUGCAGAAGUCGAUGCUGUCGGAGGUGAACUCGUUAGCACACCCUUGCAAUGGGCCGCACGCAAUGGAUACAUCUAUAUUAUCCAAUUGCUCCUUCAGCAUGGCGCGGACCCCUCGAUCUGCGACGCGCAGGGAUACAAUACUCUUCAUCUCGUCACACACUCUAGUGGAGUCAUGGCUGUUCUCUACAUGCUUCAGCAUUUGGACAAAGUUCCUAUCGACUCGCAGGAUAGUGCUGGACACACUGCGCUCAUGUGGGCUGCUUACCAAGGCGAUGCUCUAUCGGUCGACUUGUUACUGAAGCAUGGCGCGAAGGUUUCGGCAGUGGAUGCCGUCGGCCUUACUCCACUGCAUUGGUCCGUCGUACGAGGGAAUAGAAUGUGUAUCAGGCGCUUGGUCGAAUCAGGAGCCGACCUUAAUGCUCGAAGUCAAGACGGGAAGACUGCGCGAGAUAUGGCUGUUGAACUCAAGAGCAUUGGUGCAUGGCGAAAAGCGCUUGAAGAGGGAGGGUUCGAAGAAGAUGGAAGGAAAAGUGCCAAGCCACUCAAUGAACGAAACACGAAACUCGCUGUCUUACUUACGCCCACCGCCUUCCUCUAUCUCAUAUUCAAAACUAUUGACAUGCUACCCUGGUACUCUGGCAUCCCGCUCGCCAUGGCUGAAUUCUUUGGAAUGCAUCAUAUCAUCUCCCGUGUCCUUCUGAACCACCAGUCUUAUUCCGAGCCGCUAACCGGCUCGCCUUACUUUGCUGGAAUCAUCCUUGGUAGUUUGGUCUGGGUAACUUGGGGGUGGGCAACCAUCCUCGUGCAUGCUCUUCCAGAUCAUUCACUAGCUCACCUCCUAUACUUCGUAUCCGCGUCUUUAUGUGCAUACAACUUCUUCCGCUCUAUCACUCUUGACCCUGGGACAUGUGCCCGACCUGGGAGCGCGGGGGAAAUGAAAGCUGCAAGUUGUCCUCUUACUCCUAUCAUAGAAAAACUUGCGGGAGAGGGAAAACUCAACGGCCAAACGUUCUGCAUCACCUGCAUGGCUAGAAAACCCCUCAGAUCAAAACACUGUCGAGUAUGUGACAAGUGCGUCGCAAGGUUUGACCACCAUUGCCCCUGGGUGUGGAAUUGUGUGGGAGUGAAUAACCACCGACAAUUCAUAAUCUUUGUUUCGACACUUGUAUCUGGCAUCUUCUGGUUCAAUUAUUUAACCUGGCAAUACUUCGCAUUAGAUACACAGACUCCAACUCCCACUCGUCCACCUUCACCCUCCUGCAUCCUCCCAACCGAACUCUGCGCCCUGACUGCCGCACAUACAUUCAUCCUAUCGCUCGCCCUAUGGGCCACUCUCCAACUUUCCUGGACAGACGAUACGGAUUCAUGGGCGGAAAGGGCGGAACCAGUCUCUCGGAGCAACAUGGUCAUUCACACAACCACAGUCAUUCACACGUGCCGGGGUCAUGGUCAUAAGCACAAACUAGGAGGAUGCUGUGGAGGUAUCGUAUCUGCCGUCAUGUCUUUGACCGGACUCGAGCGAUAUACCAAAUUCCGAGCCGGCGAGGGCCUCAAACGCGCCAAAUCGGCGCGAAACCCGUUUUCGAAUGUGUGGGAUGUCCCACCCGAGGGCUUCCUAGAGGCUAAGAGGAGACGAGGGGAUGAUCACGAGGAUUGGAACUCGGGUGCAGGAGGCGGCAAGUUGAUGGGGCGGUUGAGAGCUAUGAUGGGUCAGGGAGCCGUAUCGAGAGGGUACGAGCCUGUGAGGAUGAGUGAGGGUGUGUAA